CGGUCAAGACGCGGAGCUCCGCUGAAAAAUAAAACAAAAUACAGAAGGAGAGAGCGAAGGGGAAGAAACUACAAAAUCGCAGCCCCAAUCGCGUUUCGUGGAAAAGAAAAAAGUUGGCUCAAAAUAAUUGCAAAAGGCUCAGCCGAUUAACCCAAAAAAAAAACGAAAAAAGUGUUUAGAAAUGCCAGUUAAACAAAUACGCCAAUUAUGGGCAAUCUAAGGCGAAAGAAGGAAAGAGACAGGGCAACUCUGCCUCUUCCGUGUUGUUGUGUGUAAUGUGUAAAACGAUUUUCCUCCUCCAACAAUCUUUUUUUUUUGGCAAUAUGCAUGGGGCAUGUAGAUACAGCCGAGAACAGGCGAAAUAGAGCCACAGAGAAGGGCUCUUCAUUAAAUUGGUUACAGACAAAAAAAAGCAAAAACAGAAACAAUAACAGAUGAGGGUAACUUUUUGAGGCGAAACACCAAGGAAAUAAUAACCUUGAAGGCUUCUGGCCAAGGCUCUCAACUUGCUGUUCGAGGGCUCGCGUACAACAUGGCGUAUGCUUAAUAAAACCAAAAUAAUAUACGCCAGCCAAUAUGAAAAUAUGUGCAACAAAGUGUGCGUGCGCGUGUGUGGGUGCCAAAUAAAAUAUUAAGCAAAUAAAUAAGCGAUUCGAUUCGAUUCGACUCGACUCGACUCCACUCUACGCGAUUCCCGAUGACGCAUUCGAGAAGAGUAGGGCAGAAGGUUAAAUUACACAAAACGUCAAAUUCGCCACGUACGACUGUCGUUUCGGAGUCGCCAGUCCGAAAUUCGGUUUCGGAAUCCUCGGUUGGGAUACGGAAUACGGAGUAUCCAGAUUAUAGGCGUGCAGAGAGCAGAAACUAUAGAGCACAUAACAUUUCCCAACUAAUUUCUCCACUAUAAUAUUUCAAGAGUGAAACGUAAUUCACAAAAAUAAUACAAAUCUAAAUCAAGCCUUAAACAAAGUGUCUCUGUAACAGGAGAAUAUCAAGCAAAUUAUUUAAAAGAUUUACUCAACCAGAAAAUGUGCCUAGCUCUCUGAGCGAGGGAGAAAGCUUAGAGAGGGAAAGAGCAAGAGCACCCACAACCCAAAUUCACCACGAUAAAAUACAACAAAGAAGGAAAAAAAUAAGAAAAUACUUUCACUCUCGCCACAACGUGGCGGCAUCGAGAGGCAGGAAGCGCAUAGAGUGACAGACAGACAGACAGACGGACGGCGCUGGAAAACUCAAAGGGAAAACUUUUUGCAUGCCACAAGCAGCAGGAGCGUCACAAUCAGCAUCAGCUGACUGCUGCAGGAAGCCUGGCAGCGGGACAACUGUGUGUUGCGGACAGGACGAGCGUCCGGUCCUGUCACCAUCAAUUCAAUAGAGGCCUCCAGCAAACACUGGCCACUCACACACCGCGCCCAAGCAACGGCUGUUUUAAUGUAUCCUUAGAAUUCCAAACAGGUCCAGCAGUGUAAUGCGCCUUGGGGGCAGUGGCAUUCCAUACGACGGCGACCCCCUGACAAUGAGCGCAGCUGGCAACGACUAUGCCGAACUCUGUGAUCUUGGACCCUCGCGAUGGAGUGCCCGACCCUACGGAUACAAUGCGACCGCAGCGGCAGCCGCCGGCUUUGGCCUUGGGCCCUCGAUGGGCGGGACGCAGUCGUCGUCGAGCGUGCCGACGGGCGGAUCGGCGGGACUCAGCGGUCACCAUCUGCGCGGUAGUGUGGCGCCGGGGCCGAGCAGUUUCGAGGCGGAGGACAUUGGCCUGGCCUUCGGCAUGAUCAGUCCGCCGCCGGGCAGUGGUCCCUAUGGCGGAUCAUCGGCGGCAGCGGCGGCGGCCAGCGGAUCGCGCGUGGGCAAUAGUACGAGCUCGCUGCGCGGCGCAGGCGGUCGCUCCGGGUUGUACUACUCCCCGCCGGGCACCUCCUACACGAUCAUCGAGCGCCCCCACUCGCCGCACUACUACUUCAACUCGGCGGGCGUGCCCACCAAGGGCGGCUCGCUGCCGGGGCGUGGCAGCGCCUAUCUCAGCUCCUCACCCGCCAGCCACAUGGCCGCCGGAACGGCGGGCACCCUGCCCACCUCGACGGCCGCCAGCGGACGAUCGAUGGGCCAGCACGCCAGCAGCAACGGCAACAAGAAGCGGCCCAUCUCGCCGGAGCAGGUGCUGCGCAUGUUCGGCGCCACCCAGUCGUCAUCAGUUCCUACGAGUAGCUACCACUACAGCAACGGCGGCACGCGGGAUCGGGAUCGCACGGGCAGGCGCAGCCCCGCCAGCAGUCCACCCUCCACCACCCACCAGAUUUAUCGGGAUCGGGAGCGGGAAAGGGAUCGCAGUGUCCCGAAUAUCCACGAACUUACCACGCGAACCGUUUCCAUGUCGCGCGACCAGCAAAUCGAUCAUGGUUUCGGCAUCUGCGUCAAGGGAGGCAAAGACUCAGGCUUAGGCGUCUACAUUUCACGCAUCGAGGAAAAUUCGGUGGCCGAACGCGCCGGUUUGCGACCCGGUGAUACAAUCCUAGAGGUGAAUGGCACCCCCUUCACCUCAAUCAAUCACGAGGAGGCGCUGAAGAGAUGUGUGCAGAUAUUGAAAUCGUCACGUCAAAUCAGUAUGACGGUGCGAGCGCCGCCCACUCUGAACUCGACCGCCCCUCUCCACGGCUUCGGUCCGCCCUCCCGCGACCCCAUGUACGCGUCGAUGGCACCCCCCCUCCACCCGCAGAACCAGGCGGCAGCGGCAGCAGCGGCGGCGGCCGCCUCGGGGGCGGGUCUGCCCUUCCGCCAGACCUGCUCCUGGAUGGACCGCCACGGACGCCCCGCCUCCCCGCCCAUGGAGUACGGGGGCAGGCGCAGCGAGCGACGGGAUCGGAUACGUCGCGUGGAGCUGCUGAUCGAACCCGGCCAAUCUCUGGGCCUGAUGAUCCGCGGCGGGGUGGAGUACGGCCUGGGGAUCUUCGUCACCGGCGUGGACAAGGACAGUGUGGCCGAUCGGUCCGGACUGAUGAUCGGCGACGAGAUCCUCGAGGUCAACGGGCAAUCCUUUCUCGAUGUGACGCACGACGAGGCGGUGGGUCAGUUGAAGUACCACAAGCGCAUGUCGCUGGUGAUACGUGACGUGGGCAAGGUGCCGCACUCCUGCACCUCCAUCGAGAUGGAGCCCUGGGAUGCCUACAGUCCAACGGGCACACGAGCACGCCGAAAAGGUCAAAUUGCGACCAUGGUGGAGGAGAAGGCGCGCUCUCUGCUGCCCCGUCAUCACUUUGCAAGCCUUUCCUACUAUAUUGCCGAAUAUAGUGCGAAAGCAAUGACCAUAGAUGCCUUUGUUGCCGUCUUAUUAGAGAUGUUAGAUACGUACGAGAAGCACUCGCUAGUGACGGAGAUACGGGAACUGGUAUUCCCCGAGGAUCGCACGCGAUACGACGAGCUGGUCUAUCGCAGAGAACGCGAUCCUUACAGCGUGGAUAGGCAUAGGCGUAAGGGAGACCCCGCCCGUGAUUUGCCGGUAACAGCCGAUGAUUUGGAAAUUAUAGCCGCCACCGGACGGAGUCCUUCGUCGGACUCGGGAUUGGGCAUGACCGUAACGGAUAUACACAAACGACCCGCACUUCAGUUGCCCCAUCGACCCAUGUCGGCGGGACCCAUACUGCAUCGCUCACAGCCAGCAUCACAUUAUCAGACAGCCAGCAACCAGUCCUCAUCAUCAUUAUCGCCUCCACAACAACAGCAGCAACACCAGCAGCAACAUCAGCAACAGCAGCAACAUUAUCCACCCCAUCAUGCCUCAUUGCGUCAUCUGGGCGGAAUCGGCGGCAACGUGGGAUCUGGGCGACAUCAUCACCAUCAUCCGUUGGGACCAAGUCAAUUGAAAUUCAAGCAGGCCAAAGACAAUCAGCAACAGGAAUACGGCUGUGAUGAGCACAGAACUCGCCGGGGCAGCGAAACCCUUUUACCGGAAUACGAACCAGAUGCGGAACAGGAGUUGGCCACAAAACUCUCACGAAGUUUCGAUAUGAAGGAAGAAGGCGGCACAUUGCUGGGCGAUAAAGGUGUACGAAGGCAUCAGUCCAUGCAGCGUCUGUCAGCGGAGCAGAAUGGUGGUUCAACGACUGAACAAACACAUGAACACAAUCCAAACGUCGUACCUGAUCAUAGAGGCAACUUACACAUUACAGUUAAGAAAACCAAACCAAUUUUAGGUAUUGCUAUUGAAGGUGGUGCUAAUACAAAACACCCGCUCCCUAGGAUAAUCAAUAUCCAUGAAAAUGGUGCAGCAUUUGAAGCGGGCGGCCUAGAAGUCGGGCAACUUAUUCUGGAGGUAGAUGGAACCAAAGUGGAAGGUCUACAUCAUCAGGAGGUUGCUCGACUGAUAGCCGAAUGCUUUGCUAAUCGUGAAAAGGCUGAAAUAACCUUCUUAGUUGUCGAAGCAAAAAAAUCAAAUUUGGAACCGAAGCCGACGGCGCUGAUAUUUUUAGAAGCCUAACAUUUGCUUGCCCUGCCGGCCAGUGACCCAUUGGAACGACAAAAACUAGAGUUCCUCUAUGAAUGGGGCAUCGAUUUAACGGAGACGCCAAAACCAAUGCCAACACCAAUACCGCUAACGAAAGCCAAGAAUCCGCCGCCACUGCCCCAUGAGAUGCACAACAACAUCAAUAGCCAUUAUGGUAGCAGUGCGGCGAUCAGCAAUCAUCAACCUCAUCCUCAUUCGCAUCCACAUCCUCACCAGCAGCAGCAACAGCAGCAGCAGCAGCAACCGCAGCAGCAACAGCAGCAGCAACAUCAAAAUACUAAAACGCCCAACACAAACAACAGCAACACACAAGCAACACCAACGGGAGCAGCAACAGCUGCAAACAAACAACAACAAGCAAACACCAACACACCCACAAAGGCGUCGCGUGAGGCGACUCCCACAAGGGAGCCACAUCAGCAACAUGCCACGCCCACACGCGAUCACCAGCAACAAACGCCUACCCGCCAGCAGCAACUGCAACGCGAGCAACGUGAACAACGUGAACAACGUGAACAACGCGAUCAACGCGAUCAACGUGAACAACGUGAGCAACUUGAGCAACGCGAACAACGUGAGCGACGUGAGCAACGCGAACAUCAGUUACAGCAACGCGAACAGCAGCAACAUCAUCGCGAACGGCAGCAACUGUUGCGUGAGCAACGUGAGCAACGCGAGCGGGAGUACCAACACGAACACGAACACCACCACGAACAACACGCACACCAACACCAUCACCAUCGUGAACACCACGAGCAAGAACUCCACCACCACCAUCAUCAUCAUCCAUCUGGAUCACAAUCACAGCAGCAACACCAACGCUACAGCAGCAGCAACAGCUACAAAUCUCAUAAUAAUUCCGUUUACCAGUAAGGAGAAACCGAAAAACAAGAGUCAAAAAUACAAUUCUCGCAAUUGGAGCAACAAUUUUUUGGAAACAUUCUUUUCAAACUGCAACAGCAAUUCAAUCAGUAAACAGUUUA